CAACCAUGAGACUCGUAGUCUGUUUUCUUUCUCUGCUCACCGUGUUCGGCCCUGGAGAAUGUGGGAAUGUUUUAGUUUGGUUUUCUGACGGCAGUCACUGGAUCAAUCUGAAGAUCGUGUUGGAAACGUUGAUUGACAGGGGACACAGUGUCACUGUGCUGGUGCCGGAUGCCUCUCUCUUCAUGAAAGCUAAAGAAUCGGAUCGCUUCUCUUACCAACCCUUUAACGCGUCCAUGGAUGAACAGGAGGUGCGAGACUUCAUUGAGGAAUUCGUUUAUUUCUCAGUGUAUGAGACCGAUCAGUUAAACUUACUGCAGAUUCUAAUGAAAGUCUACAAGUUUGUUUCCAUUAUUCAGGAUAUGUGUAUAUCAUACUGUGACGGCAUUCUCAAAUCGUCAAUGUUGAUGGACAAAUUGCGGAAUGGAAAGUUUGACGUUGUUCUGUCAGAUCCGAUGUAUCCGUGCAGCGAUAUUGUGGCUGAAGAGCUGAACGUUCCCUUGGUUUACACGUUCCGAUUAUCAAUUGCUAACGUUCUAGAGCGGAUGUGUGGUCAGUUACCAGCUCCACCAUCAUUUGUUCCUGGAGUCAUAAGUAAACUCACAGACAAGAUGAGCUUCACAGAGCGAAUCAUUAAUAUGCUCUUUUACCUUUCUCAAGAUUUUUUCGCCACUAUUGCUUGGAGAAAAUUUGACAACUAUUACACUGAAUAUUUAGGAUGGCCCACUUCCUAUUGUGAGAUGAUGGGUAAAGCUGAUAUCUGGUUAAUCAGAAUCUACUGGGAUUUUGAGUUUCCACGGCCAUUCCUGCCCAACUUCAAAUACGUUGGAGGCCUUCACUGCUCCCCUGCAAAACCAUUACCCAAGGACAUGGAGGAGUUUGUACAGAGCUCAGGGGAUGAUGGGAUUGUGGUCUUCACUCUGGGGUCCUUGGUAGACAAAAUGCCCAAAGAGAUGAGCAAUAAAGUUGCCUCUGCACUGGCACAGAUUCCACAGAAGGUUUUAUGGCGAUAUGGUGGAGAGAAGCCAGAUACUCUUGGUGAAAACACCAGAAUCUAUAAGUGGAUCCCUCAAAAUGAUUUAUUGGGUCACUCUAAAACCAGAGCAUUCAUCACUCAUGGAGGCACUAACAGCUUAUAUGAGGCCAUAUAUCAUGGAGUUCCAAUGGUCGGGAUCCCCUUGUUUGCUGACCAGCCUGAUAAUUUAGUUCAUAUGAAGGCAAAAGGUGCUGCUGUUGUUAUAGACAACAUCAAAACCAUGGAGCCGCAAGACCUGGUGGAUGGACUCAAUGCCGUCAUUAAUGAUCCCUCGUAUAAAGAGAAUGUGUUGCAUUUGUCCAGGAUUCAUCAUGACAGACCAGUAAAGCCUUUGGAUGAGUCUGUGUUCUGGAUUGAGUUCGUCAUGCGCAAUAAAGGCGCUAAACACCUGCGUGUCGAGGCCCACAACCUUACCUGGUACCAGUACCACUGUCUGGAUGUGUUCGCUUUUCUCAUCACUGUCCUCACUGUAGUUCUCUACGUCUUCUUUAAAAUGUGCAAAUUAUUCAUAAUGCGUUGCUGUUUUAGAUCAAAGAGGAAAAGCAAAAAAGAGUGAUGAAGCUUUUGGAAAACCCCUUUUUUGCACUGAACAUUAUGUCUCUCUGCCCACACCAUGGGAUGUCCAUCCUGAGGUCCAGUAGCUGUACUGUUAUUAACCAAAGUCCCUUUAGGACAAGUCAUUUCACUCUGUGACCAUCUUUGAAACACCUCUCGGGCAUGCAAGUGCAGUUCCUAUCUCUUUGAAUGGGGAAACAUUGAAUUCUCUAAAACUGUUCCCCAAGCUUACAAAUACAUUUCAUAUUUGAAAUCACCAAUGAAAUCUGACAACAACUGUCUCAUCAAAGUUAUUAGUUUUGCUCAUAUACCUUUAAAAAAAGCAUAUUAUUCAGGCUAGACCAGCCAGUGCACAUGCACAAUCACUGUAGUUCAUGGAUGUACCUCAUCACCACAUCCCUCAACUUCAGAUGGACGUACAGUAAUAAACUAGAGUAGGCUACAGUCAUUCUUAAUCACAGUAAGUCUUGUUGAUGUCACCCUUGCUUUGUUUACUUUUUUGGAAUGAUCUAUAGCCUAUUGUGGA